AGGGGAGUUCCUACAUAUGAUGUCUCCACGUCAGGAAUCCGCUGGCUCCAAACUUUUUCAGGAUUGUGUUUUAACAAACGGGAAGUAUGAUCGUCUUUCUCGGUAAAGAAAGGGGAAAUUAAAGACAGCCGACAUCAAACCAUAGUACUUUCUUACGCUUAUGUUGCCUCUUGUGUUUUACUGGUGCCAAAUCAAGUAGAUCUCGGUGACAAUGGGUGACUGGAGUGCUUUAGGGAAACUGCUUGACAAAGUACAGGCCUACUCUACUGCAGGAGGAAAAGUUUGGCUGUCUGUCCUAUUCAUCUUCAGAAUCUGCCUUCUUGGAACAGCUGUGGAAUCUGCCUGGGGAGACGAGCAGUCAGUUUUCACCUGCAACACUAAGCAACCAGGCUGCAAAAAUGUUUGCUAUGAUAAAUCCUUUCCAAUAUCCCAUGUUCGCUUUUGGGUUCUGCAAAUCAUAUUUGUCUCAGUGCCAACACUGCUUUAUUUAGCUCAUGUAUUCUACUUGAUUAGGAAAGAAGAGAGAUACAACAGACUGGAAGAAAAUCUGAAAGCAAUUCAAAAUGAAGGUGCUGAUGUUGAACUGCAGCUGAAACAAAUAGAAUUAAAGAAAAUCAAAUAUGGUGUUAUGGAGCAUGGCAAAGUUAAAAUGAAAGGUGGCUUACUUCGCACAUAUGUUCUGAGUAUAAUUUUUAAAUCAGUUUUUGAAGUUGUUUUCUUAGUUAUUCAGUGGUUUUUGUAUGGCUUCUCACUCAAAACUGUCUACACUUGUUCGAGACAUCCCUGCCCACAUCAGGUUGAUUGUUUUCUCUCUCGACCAACUGAAAAGACCAUUUUUAUUAUUUUUAUGUUGGUUGUUUCUUUAGUGUCUCUUGCACUGAACAUCGUAGAGCUCAUUUAUGUCUUCUUUAAAAGAACAAAAGACCAUAUAAAAGCAAAACGUAAUCUACUGCCAAGCACAACUGCUAAUAACCCAUUGCCUAAUGACUGUACCACUCAGAAAUAUGUCUACUGCAACAGAUGUGCUUCACCAUCUGCACCUAUGCCACCAUUGUCCCCCCCAGUAUACAAACUUAUGACAGGAGAGGGUGAUAACACCUCAUGUCAUAACUACAAUAACAAGGCAAAUGAACAAAACUGGGCUAAUUACAGUACUGAACAAAACAGAUUAGAGCAUGCAUGCAGUACUAUUUCCAAUGCACAUGCUCAGUCCUUUGACUUCCGUGGUGGUAACCAGGAUACAAAAAGACUAGCAGAUGUACAUGAAAUGCAGACACUUCCUCUUUCGGAUCAUAGGCCAUCAAGCAGAGCUAGUAGCAGAACAAGUAACAGACCACGGCCAAAUGAUUUAGAGGUCUAGUCAAAUGUCAAGUAAUCGUCUUUAGUUUGGAAAGAUUUAUUACAUUUAAUUUGUUCAAUAAAAGGUACUUUUUCACAGUGUUAACCCGGAGAGCCAUUAAAUAUAAAUAUUUGGUUUUGUACUUCAUCCUGACACUAAAAUGAAGUAGAAUAAAUCCUGAAAAAUGAAAAUAGAAAAAGUGUAUUUAAUUAAUACAUGAACUGGAGAUAGAUUUUAUAUUUUUGUAGGAUCUUAAAUUAACUGAUUAGAGCAACUGUUAAGUGAAGUGACUAAAUGGAGGUACUUUACAAACCAUCAAAAGGGGGUGUUUUAAUAUCAUACUCCUCUGUAGAACAUUUUGUUAAUCAGAAAUUUGUAAGAGAAUGUUGUAAUAAUGCUGAAGUUUAAGGAUCACAAAGACCACAUCAUUUUUUAAGUCUGUAGCUCCAAGCAGACUGGAAGACAGACAAGCAUUGUAUCACAAACGCCACAUUCAUGAUUCUGAUGUUUAUAGUGUAAACAGAAAUAUAACUAUAUUUGUCCUAUUUUACAGUAAUACAUUUAGAGCCAUUGUGCAUCUGUUUUUUUUUUUGUGAUGUAAUUUAUUUAUUCAUUAACCAGAUAAAUGAAUUUGUCAUGAGCUGCACCACAGGGGGGAAAUUAUAUAUAUAUAUAUAUAUAUAUAUAUAUAUAUAUAUAUAUAUAUAUAUAUAAAAUGUGUGUGUGUGUGUGUGUGUGUGUGUGUGUGUGUAUCUGGAUGAUCUAGACCAGGCAAUCAACCUGCUUGUUUUUUUUUUUGUGAUGAAACCAGCGCAUCCAGGGGAAAGCUCAUGAAGAACCCAAGGAGAAAAUGCAAGCUAUAAAAAGAAAGUAAAAAGAGGUCAGGCUAGAACCACAAACUGUAGAGCUGUGAGGCAGAAAUUGUAGCCACAGGGCCACCUUGCUGUCACAAAACAAUUCAAACAAAUAUCUAGUGAUAUGCAUGUAAUGCAGACACAAUUUCCUUUCCUGAAAAAAAAAUUCUGUUUGAAUUUAAUCUUAAAAGUUUGUUUUGAAUUUUUGGUGAAGAGUGGUCCAUUUUACUAGUUACAUUCCACAAGUCAUAAUAGAUGAUCAUAUUAGACUACUUCACAUCUGAUUAUGUUGUUUCCUUUGCAGAUGGCAUUAGUUUCUUCUACUUCAUGUUUGGCUUUAAUUAAAAUUUUUGAACAAUGAGCUUUAUCCCACCAAUUGUGGAGACAUAAUGAGCUAUUCUUAACUUUGCAUAAAUUGGUGAGUUAAUAAUUAGUACUCUAACAAAUGUUCAUGCUUAUGGAUUUAAGAAGGUUCUGACAUUCUUUAAGAGAACCUUUCAUCCUUACUGCACAGUCAUAGAAAUGCCAUGGUGAGAAGGUUAAUUGCAAAAAUGUAAAAUGAUCUUUUAUACCACUAAUAUACAGUAUGUGAAAGAUGUCAUCAUGUGUCACAUAAGUCAGUCAAGUAACUGUCAUGGGCUUGAGUUAUUUUACAUAUAUAUAUAUAUAUAUAUAUAUAUAUAUAUAAAAUAUAUAUAUAAAAUAUAUGUGUGUGUGUGUGUGUGUGUGUGUGUGUGUGUGUGUUUAUAUGGUGCACUUGCAAUAUUUAUUUAUGUCAACAUAGCAGGUUGCAAGUGAAGCAGUAAUCCUGUUUUUCAUAUAUAUUAGCUUAUGGAGUUUGAAAAGUUUUAUUUCUAUCUCCAUUUAGCUUUAUAAGGGAACCCCAUCUAGGCCAUAUAACUAAUUCAAAUAAACAUAAGUAUCAUGAAAGCUGCACAGUGACUAUAAUACAGUUACAUGAUCAUAUCACUGAGAAUAUAAUAACGUUUACUUUCAUUCUGGAAUAAAUUACUUAAUUAUGGUGGUUUGAUGCCUCUCAUGUUCAUCUUAUUUAAAUAUCUGCUGCUUUUGCAGUUUAUAUUAACAGCUGCAAAGUUCAUAGCUCAGGUGUUAUGCAAGGGUGUAGCCAUAGUUUUCAGUGUAGCUCUCGGACCGUAUAUUGUUGCUCCCCAGCUACCCAUGUAACAUUUAAAAAGUACAUCAUUCCAUAACCUGUACUGUCAAAAAUGAUCACAUCAGUUUUAUCCUGUGCUCCUCACUAUAACAAAAGUGCUGUUUUGAUGAACAUUUUUAUGUGGAAGGCAUUAGCUUUGACAGGUGUGGAUAUUAUAGUGCCAGUGGGUCAUUUGUUUGAAAGAUGCCCACAAUAAUUGCAUGUGUUAGAGUAAUCUGCACAUGGUCUUAAGAUGAACUGACAGAUUUAGUGUAACAACAAUAUGUUCAGUGUUCCAUUGAUGGUAUAUUUUGAUUAAUUGGCUUCAACUUGAAAAAAAAGAUGAUAACUAGAUCUUUGCUAGAGUCACAUAUUUUAGAUUCUGCACCGGACUUCAGAUCAACUUUCAUUCUUACUGUGGGCUAGUACAGUAGAGUCCUUUAACUGGAGUUUCAGUUCAGCCAUUGGUAGAGGUAAUUUCCAAUUUUAUUAGCGAUAUCAGGUAAUUCAGUAGUGUGAAAGGCAAGAGGCUACACAGGAAGAUGAAUGAGAGCAAACUAACGUAAUACAAUUUCUCCGAUACCAGCUGCUGAAAAAAAUGAAAAAGGAAUCUGUCAGUACUUGAAAUAAUGUGUUUACCUGUGGUGUUGGAUUUAUACAGAUUAUAGGAACUUUAUAAUGAGCAAGUCAUUUUUACAGUAAUUAGAUUGCAAAAUGAUAUUGGACUUUUUUUAAGAAUAUACUUGGAUAGCAUAAUAGUAUAAUUAAUUAAAGCUGAACCUCAUCAUCACAUUUCAGUUGUCUCGUAUAACUCAGCUUAAUGCACGUAUUUGUUUUAAUUUGUAAAAUAAGCAAGAACAUGGUCUUCUUGAUUGCUAAGCAUUAUGUCAUGUUUUACUUGCAUUAGCGUAUUUUCUUGUGUAUUUACAGCUUCUAUAUGUUUGCUUUUGUUUCGGUUACUUUAAUAAAAUCUCACAGUACUCCCUUUUAA